UGCAAAAGGCCCGGCUGCCAUGCGGGGCCCGGCGGUGCGGCUGGUGCGGCUGGGCCGGGCGUCGCUGGCGGAGUCGCUGCGGGCGCAGGAGGCGGGGGCGGCGGCGCUGCUGCGGGCGGGGGUUGGGGCGGCGGAGCGGCUGGUGUUGUGGGAGCCGCGGGGCCCGCUCUACACGGCGGGGCUGCGCGGGGCGGGCGGCGGCGCGGCGGCGGAGGCGGCGGAGGCGGCGCGGCUGCGGGCGCUGGGCGCGGAGGUGGCGCGCGUGGGGCGCGGCGGGCGGCUGACCUUCCACGGGCCGGGCCAGCUGGUGGCCUACCCGGUGCUGGACCUGCGCCGCCGCCGCCUCGCCCUGCGCGCCUACGUGGCCGCCCUGGAGCGCCUGGGCCGCGACGCCUGCCGCCGCCUCGGCCUGCCCGCCGCCCGCGCCCUCCCGCCGCCCCGCACCGGCGUCUGGCUCGGAGACCGCAAGCUCUGCGCCAUCGGUGUACAUUGCGGGAGACACAUCACCUCGCACGGAUUGGCCCUCAAUUGCUGCACUGACUUAACCUGGUUUGACCACAUCGUCCCGUGUGGCCUGGAGGGGCUGGGGGUCACCUCCCUCAGCCAGGAACUCCAGAGACACGUCUCGGUGGAAGAGGCCACGCAGCCCUUCCUGGAAGUCUUCCAGGAAGUCUUUAACUGUAGUUUAAGCGAGGAACCUGGUUUGGAGGAAUGAGGGACGAAGAGGCCGGUUGCGGCGCGGGAUCCUGGCUUGUCUGUUCUGAAAUGAUUAAACUCUGGAUUUUUCCGGCUA